GGACACGGCUAGCGGUGACGUUGUGGUCCCGUCCUGGUGGACAUCUAAGAGUAAGCAGCUGAGUCGCACGAACCGGAGGCUGCGGCGCGCCUGUCGCAAAGGCGUGAAGUCGCAAGCCUUCUACUGGAUCGUCAUCGUCCUUGUGUUCCUGAACACGUUGACACUAGCUUCGGAACACCACACCCAGCCUCCCUGGUUGGACCAUUUUCAAGACGUGGCGAACAUGUUCUUCGUGGUGCUGUUUACACUGGAGAUGCUACUGAAGCUGUACAGCCUGGGUCUUCAGGGCUACUUCGUGUCGCUGUUCAAUCGCUUCGACUGCUUCGUGGUGAUCAGCUCCAUCUUGGAGACGGUCUUCACCUACACCGACAUCAUGCCUCCACUAGGAGUGUCCGUGCUUCGCUGCGUCCGUCUGCUGCGAAUAUUCAAGGUCACCAAGUAUUGGGCGUCGCUACGGAACCUGGUGGCGUCGCUGAUCAACUCGAUGCGGUCGAUCGCCAGCCUGCUGCUGCUGUUGUUCCUGUUCAUCGUGAUAUUCGCGCUGCUCGGCAUGCAGGUGUUUGGCGGGAGAUUCAACCGGCCCACCGAGGACAAGCCGCGCAGCAACUUCGACACCUUCUGGCAGGCUCUGCUCACCGUUUUCCAGAUCCUGACCGGCGAGGACUGGAACGUGGUGAUGUAUGACGGCAUCAAAGCCUUCGGUGGUGUCGGCUCAUUCGGUGGAGUGGCCUGCAUCUAUUUCAUCAUUCUUUUCAUUUGCGGCAACUACAUAUUGCUCAACGUAUUCUUGGCCAUCGCGGUAGACAACCUGGCUGAUGCUGAAAGCCUCACUGCCAUAGAAAAGGAGGAAGAGGAAGAGGAGGAAGGCGCCGAGGAAGACGAGGAAGAGAGGCGGAAGCGUCUCCGCCAGGAGCGGAAGCGGCGCUUGAGGCGGCGGCGUAGGCGGCGGCGCAGGCGCGAGCGAAAGCGGCGUCAGCAGCAGCGGCAGCAGCGGGAGGCCGAGCAGAACACCGGCGGCGGGGCCAGCCAGGACGAGGCGGCGAACGAGGCGGGCAGGGGCAACGGGGGCCACCCGCCCUCGGACAAGGCCGACGCCCUGGCCAGCCACAUGAACCACGCACCGCUCAUCAAGAUAUCUAAGGAAAAACAAGACAAGACACAAGUACAAAUUACUGUAGAAGACACAAGUGCUGACGAUGGGAGCGCGAAAAACCCAGUUGACCAAGAGGAAAGCGACGAUGACGAUGAUGACGGUAGCGACGAGGAGGACGACGACGACGAAGACGACGACGAAGAUUACGGGGACGAAGAGGAGGACGUUGGGGACGAGGAAGACGAAGAAGACGAAGAGGACGAGGAAGAGCUGGACGAGGAGGAGUCUGACGAGGAGUCGGUCAAGUCGGCACGACCGCGCCGCAUGUCUGAACUCAACAUCAAGACCAAGAUCCGGCCUAUCCCCAAGGCCAGCUCUUUCUUCAUCUUCUCGCACGACAACAGAUUUCGUAUCCUCUGCCACAAGAUAAUCAACCACAGUUACUUUGGCAACUUCAUUCUUGUGUGCAUUCUCGUCAGCAGUGGUAUGCUCGCCGCAGAGGACCCGCUUCGCUCAACCACACACCGGAACACGAUUCUGAAUUACUUCGACUACUUUUUUACCACUGUUUUUACCAUUGAGAUCACGCUCAAGGUGAUAGCGUACGGGGUGAUUCUGCACAAAGGGUCUUUCUGCAGGAGUUACUUCAACCUCCUCGAUGUCCUCGUCGUCUGCGUGUCGCUCAUCUCGUUCGGAUUCGGAGAUGGGACCAUCUCUGUAGUCAAAAUCCUUCGUGUCUGUCGCGUGCUUCGUCCACUGAGGGCCAUCAACAGGGCUAAAGGUCUCAAGCACGUAGUGCAAUGCGUCAUCGUGGCCGUGAAGACGAUCGGCAACAUCAUGUUGGUGACGUUCCUGCUCAACUUUAUGUUCGCCGUCAUUGGCGUCCAGCUCUUCAAGGGGAAGUUCUUUCGAUGUACCGACCGGUCGAAGCUCACACAAGCUGAAUGCCGGGGAAAGUUCAUCGUGUACGCCGAGGGCGAUAUAACGCGACCGUCCGAGGAGAGCCGGAUGUGGGAACAGAACAACUUCCAUUUUGACGACGUCCUCAAGGCCAUGCUGACGCUAUUUACAGUGUCCACCUUCGAAGGGUGGCCAGACCUUCUGUACGUGGCCAUCGACUCGAAUGAGGAAGACCACGGCCCCCUGUACAACUACCGGCCCUUAGUGGCAGUGUUCUUCAUCGUAUACAUCAUCAUCAUCGCAUUCUUUAUGGUGAACAUAUUCGUCGGCUUCGUGAUUGUCACCUUUCAGAACGAAGGAGAGCAGGAGUACAAGAACUGCGAGCUCGACAAAAACCAGAGGAACUGUAUCGAGUUCGCCCUGAAAGCGAAACCCGUGCGGCGCUACAUCCCGAAGGCCCGCUUCCAGUACAAGAUGUGGUGGUUCGUCACGUCUCAGUAUUUUGAGUACGCCCUCUUCGUGCUCAUCAUGACCAAUACCCUCACCCUUGCCAUGAAGUUCUACGGCCAACCCGAAUCCUACACGUACGCCCUGGAUGUCAUGAACAUGAUUUUCACCGCCGUUUUUGCCCUCGAGUUCGUCCUAAAAAUUGUGGCCUUCAGGUUCAAGAACUACUUCGGCGACGCGUGGAACGUGUUCGACUUCAUCAUUGUGCUGGGCAGCUUCAUCGACAUAUUCUACUCCGAAGUAAACCCCGGAACCAACAUCAUCAGCAUCAACUUCUUCCGACUGUUCCGCGUCAUGCGCCUCGUCAAGCUACUCAGCAAAGGCGAAGGCAUCCGAACUUUACUCUGGACCUUCAUCAAGUCCUUCCAGGCCCUACCCUACGUCGCCCUUCUCAUUGUGAUGCUCUUCUUCAUCUAUGCAGUUAUUGGUAUGCAGCUUUUUGGUAAAAUUGGUUUGGAGAAUGAAGAUAGCGCCAUCGACCGCAACAACAAUUUCCAGACAUUUCCUCAAGCCGUCCUGGUUCUCUUCAGGUCAGCGACGGGCGAGUCGUGGCAGGAGAUCAUGCUGUCGUGCCUGAACACAGAGGACGUCCGUUGCGACAAGGCCUCCGAAGAAGGAGACCAGGCCCCCUGUGGGAGUGACGUGGCGCUCAUCUACUUCAUCUCCUUCUACAUCCUCUGCUCCUUCCUGAUCAUCAACCUUUUUGUUGCCGUCAUUAUGGAUAACUUCGACUACCUGACCCGCGAUUGGUCGAUCCUGGGACCUCACCACUUGGAUGAGUUUGUUCGCCUGUGGUCGGAAUACGACCCCGACGCCAAAGGACGCAUCAAGCACCUGGACGUGGUGACGCUACUGCGGAAGAUCCAGCCCCCACUGGGAUUCGGCAAACUUUGCCCCCAUCGGGUCGCCUGCAAGAAACUAGUAUCAAUGAACAUGCCGCUCAAUAGCGAUGGUACAGUCAUGUUCAACGCCACUUUGUUUGCUGUAGUUCGUACUUCGCUCAAGAUUAAAACAGACGGGAAUAUUGACACUGCCAAUGAAGAACUGAGAGCCAUCAUAAAGAAGAUCUGGAAGAGGACCAGCCCCAAGCUACUCGACCAAGUGGUGCCGCCCGCAGCGGACGACGAUGUGACGGUGGGGAAGUUCUACGCGACCUUCCUGAUCCAGGACUACUUCCGGAGGUUCAAGAAGCGCAAGGAGGAGCGAGCAUCGCAGAAGGAGCCCAACGAAAGCACCGUCGCCCUGCAGGCGGGCCUCAGAGAACUACACGAGAUGGGGCCCGAAAUCCGGCGCGCUGUAUCCGGGAACCUGGACCAGGAUUUCGAAGAAGGACUAGACAACGAACCCAUGCACCGACGCAAUCACACCCUGUUCGGCAGCAUGUGGUCGUCGAUGCGGGCCGCGAGCCGGCCGCACGGCGGCGUGUCGGGGACGACCCGCGUCCCGCCGCCGCAGGGCUACCAGCACGCUAGGGUCUCGCCGACGGCCUCGCUCGACCACCGGCUGCCGCAGCGAGCCUCCAACCACGUGCAGCUGCGCGCGAAGCACGACGGCACCGUGGCCUCGCCCAGGAGCCCUUCCAGCUCGUCGACCGAGGACCCCGACCAGUGCGGGGCGCCGUCUUCGUCGCCGUCGGCCACGACUCGCCAGGCACCGUCGGUGUCGCCCAGCAGCUCGCCGCUGCACGCUGCCCCCGGCGGUUCGUCGGCGGCGGGCAGCUCGUGCGCCGGCAGCAGUUCGCUCUACGGAGAGGACGACGACGACCGCAGGGGCGCCGCGGAGACCAUCCCUCUGCGCUCGCUGCGCCGGUCGCGCUCAGCACGCCAGCCGUCCACGACCACGAGCAGCGGGUCGCCGGCGUUCGGCGCUAGGGCUUCGUUCCAGCCGGACUUCUACUUCUGCCAGCCCCAGUACGUGACACUCUCUCCGCUUGCCAAUACGCGCCGGCAGCCUUCUACGCCUGCGCGUUCUGUGCUCUAGGCAGAAGUCAGGUGGUGAGCGGAAGUCUAGGGGUCCACUGCUACAAGAGCCGAGUGGCGAUGUCCAUAUUCGCCAUCCCAAUGUGCCCCUGUCUGAUUAUUAACAGUAAAAAAGGCCACUGAGUUCCUGCAAAUAGAAGCGAGCAAGAAACAUACAAUUAAAGUUUUUGUGAAUGCGCAAAAUGUAUUACCACAGGAAAGGUGUAGUCUGUUAAAGAAGGGUAGUACCAUCCAAAUAAUGCGUACGAGGUCCGUAUUCAUCUUAUAAACUUAAAAAUUUCCCUAACAUAUCACUGAGUGUUUACAAUAAAGAGGACCGUGAGUUUCCUGUAAAUAGAAAGAAAUAUAUAGUCUGCGUUCUUCCUCUCUGCUUCUAAUCUGGUAUGUCGUCCCAGGCGCAACUGAGGUCCUCAUAAUAAUGUCUUACCAACCAGGUCCUCCCAACACGCUCUUUGA